GAGACGUACUAUAUCGACGAGAACGGUAUGUUGCUGGAUGAGCCGGCACAACAGGACUUACGUGCCGUAGAGUUCAAUUUCUUGGACAACAAGAACAUUUGUUGUGGUCUAUGCGGAGAAAUCGUGCCGUAUGAUCUGUUGAUGAGUGAACAUUUACCAACACAACACCCUGAUGUUAUGUUAUCGUCAGUUAUUGUCAUUGUGGGUGCGUUUUGGUUGAAUUGUUUCAUUGGUUCAUUUGGGUCAUUGAAAAUAGACAGUUUGAAGGUGCUUGGCGAUGGUGGCAGUAUGGAUUUCGAGGAGAUUCCAUAUGAGGUGUGGCUGAGGGAUAAGUUGAGUAGUGAGAAGAAGCAUAUGGAAAACGGAUUCAGAAGUGCAGCUUAUGAUCCACUGCGUUUAUCGCGUUCAACACGUGUUCUCAGACGUGUUUCGCAAGUUAGAGUGAAUCCAAACGAAAUGUCAUUGGCACAAUUGGAUAAUGCAUUGCGCAAGAAGAUGGUCGAGAAAAUGGGACGAAAAGUGCCAGUAACGUUAGUGGAUAAGCAGCAUGCGCGAUGUGGUAUCUGUAAUGCAGUGGUUUGUGGCUUGAAUCGAAUCCGUUUACUUCAUUGA